AUGAAGAUCUCGAGCUUGCAGAGCGCGAGCAGCGGCGGCACCAGCGCCGCCAGCGGCUCGAGCACGGGCUUCGGCUCCGGCUCCGGCGCCUCCCGCUCCUUCAACCUCCGGAACCUGUCCAAGCUCAUGCUGCCGCCCCUAGGCUCCAGCCUCACCCAGUCCACUUCCGACUCCGAUAAGAGGGUCGUCUCGCCCCUCGACUCCAGAUACAGGUGCUGGGAGACGUUCAUGGUGAUCCUGGUGGCCUACUCGGCGUGGGUGUACCCGUUCGAGGUGGCCUUCAUGGAGGCCAGGCCCAAGGGGGGCCUGGAGGUGGCCGACAUGGUCGUCGACAUCUUCUUCGCCGUGGACAUCGUCCUCACCUUCUUCGUCGCCUACAUCGACUCCAGGACGCAGCUCCUCGUCCGCGACAGGAGGAGGAUAACCUUCAGGUAUCUGUCGACGUUCUUCAUCAUGGACGUGGCGUCGACGAUCCCGUACCAGGGCAUAGCCUACCUCGUCAACGGCGAGGUGAGGGAAGGCAUGGUGUACAGCCUGCUCGGCCUGCUCCGACUCUGGCGUCUCAGGAAGGUGAAGCAGUUCUUCACAAGGCUGGAGAAGGACAUCAGGUUCAGCUACUUCUGGGUGCGCUGCGCGCGGCUCAUCGCGGUGACGCUGUUCCUGGUGCACUGCGCCGGGUGCCUCUACUACCUGCUGGCGGACCGGUACCCGGACCGGGACAAGACGUGGAUCGGCGCCGUGAUCCCCAACUUCCGGCAGGAGAGCCUGUGGAUCCGCUACAUCUCCUCCAUCUACUGGUCCAUCACCACCAUGACCACCGUCGGCUACGGCGACCUGCACGCCCAGAACAACCUCGAGAUGAUCUUCAACAUCUUCUACAUGCUCUUCAACCUCGGCCUCACCGCCUACCUCAUCGGCAACAUGACCAACCUCGUCGUCGAGGGCACCCGCCGCACCAUGGAGUUCCGGAACAGCAUUCGCGCGGCGUCCAACUUCGUGUGCCGGAACCACCUGCCGCCGCGGCUGCAGCAGCAGAUCCUGGCCUACAUGUGCCUCAAGUUCAGGGCGGAGAGCCUGAACCAGCAGCAGCUCAUGGACCAGCUGCCCAAGUCCAUCUGCAAGAGCAUCUGCGAGCACCUCUUCCUCCCCGUGGUCAAGGAGGUGUACCUCUUCAGGGGCAUCUCCAGGGAGGCGCAGCUGCUGCUGGUCACCAAGACCAAGCCGGAGUACAUACCGCCCAAGGAGGACGUGAUCGUGCAGAACGAGGCGGCGGACGACGUGUACAUCGUCGUGUCCGGCGAGGUGGAGAUCAUAUACUUCAACGGCGAGCGGGAGGAGGUGAUGGGAAAGCUGGGCACCAUGGACAUCUUCGGCGAGGUGAGCGCGCUGAGCGACCGCCCGCAGACCUUCACGUUCCGGACCAGGACGCUCAGCCAGCUGCUGCGGCUCAAGCAGGCCACGCUCAGGGAGGUCAUGCAGAGCAAGCCCGACGACAGCGCCCUCAUCGUCAGGAACUUCCUCAAGCAUCAGAUUGAGGUGCAUGACAUGAAGGAGCUGCUGGGCGAGAGCACCGGAGCGGGCGGCAGCGGCAACAUCGUCCCGUGCAAUCUGCUGACGGUCGCCGCCACGGGGAACGCUGGCUUCCUUGAGGACCUCCUCAAGGUCGGGAUGGACCCCGACGUCGGUGACUCCAAGGGAAGAACCGCGCUGCACAUCGCGGCGUCAAAGGGGUACGAGGGCUGCGUGCAGGCUCUGCUCAUGCACGGGUGCAACAUCAACAUCAAAGACGCGCAGGGCACCACGGCGCUGUGGCACGCCAUCGCGGCGAGGCACCAUAAGGUGUUCAGCAACCUGUACCACGUCGCGCGCGUCUCGAACCCGCGCGCCGGCGGCGACCUCCUCUGCCUCGCCGCGCGGCGCGGCGACGUCGACACGCUCCGCGAGCUCCUCAAGCGCGGCCUGGACCUCGACUCCGAGGACCACGACGGCGCCACGGCGCUGCGCGUCGCGCUGUCCGAGGGCCAGGCGGACGUGGCCAGGUUCCUCGUCAUGAACGGGGCCAGCGUGGACAAGGCCAGCCUUGACGAUGACGACGGCUCCGCCCCGCGGCAGACCACGGUGUCGGCGGGCGAGCUGCGGGAGCUCGUGAAGAUGCGGGAGGUCGGCCACCCGAUCACCAUCUACGACUCGCCGGCGAGCACCGUCACGGCCGCCAGCUCGUCGUCCGGGGAGCUUCGUCAGGGGAGGUUCCCAAUCCCAGUCAGCACGAGACCGGACAGCACGCACUGGCCUCGGGUGAGCAUCUACAAGGGCCAUCCGUUCGUGAGAAACCACAGCUCCGAAUCCGGCAAGCUCAUCAAUCUUCCCGCCACGAUGGAGGGGUUCAAAACCAUCAUCGGAGAGAAGCUGAAAGUCGACGCGGAGAAGGCACUGAUUCUGAACGGCGAAGGGGCGGAGAUCGACUCGUUGGACGUGAUCCGGGACAACGACAAGCUGUUCAUAGUCACCGAAGAGCACAUGAGGAUGUUGGCGUCAAUGGAUUCCUCUGUUGCUUUAUCGCACACAUCGUCCGUAGGUUCAGCUGUUUCAGCAGCACAUGCCAUAUAA